AAUCUCAGUUGUCUUUUCCCUAAAUUAUGGUAUGCCAGUUGAUAGCCUAUGCAGCAACAAAAUCACAAACUCAAAGCCUAAACACAUUUCAUUCCCAAAAAACUCACUCACGAGAGUGCAUCAUUCCUCAUUUGAUCCUCUCUUCCCCCAUGACCUUCCAACCAGUCCCCACUCUCCUUCUCCUUCUCCUCCUCGCGUCCGCAAAUUCCCAUUUUGCCCUCGCCGGAAAGCGCAAGGUUCACAUCCCCGACGAGUUGGACGACGUGUUCGACGACGAGGAGGACGACGCGUGGCGAGAAUGGGGCAAGAAACCCGAACCCCCUUUCCCUUCCUCCGAUAUCUCCAAGCUCGAUCCCUCGCAGAUCCAGCAGGAGAUGAUGAAGCGCCACGCCGGACCCGUCAUCGGAUUCGUCAAGCUCCGGCCAGGGUCUCGCCGUACUCCGGACAUGGUAGCUGAAUUUGCAAUGAAAUGGACACAUGUUCUGAGAACUGGAGCUGUUGGAGUAAGGUUUAUGGGUGUUGAUCUGAAUACAAUUAUGUUUAACUUGGAAAGCAUCAAAGACUUGGAAGAGUUGAAGGAAUUUGUCUUGGACCAAUCAGAGGCAUAUGAGAUCAAAAUGGGGGAUCAAUUUUUUCGAAGAUCUGGAGAUCCACCUCUUGAUGAAGUUAUUGAGAAGUACAAUAGUGAGAAAGCCAAAGCAGAUAAUGCUGAUUCAGAGGAAAUUGAUCCGAAUGUUAAAACAGAGUUGUAAUUAAACGGUAUAUAGACAUAAACUAUGUUUGGUUUUGCGUCAGUUUUAGGAAAAUUGUGUCAAAUUUCCAUGUUAACAGUGAAGCAACUUCAUAUAAUUUUUCACUUUUCCACGUUUUUCAUGCACAUUAUGUGUUAUCAACGCAACACCGAACAUUCUAAUAAUUCUCUAGAAGUUGACAUGAA